ACAUACAAUUCCUAUGUACGUGCAUUGCAUUGUACGCUGUCUAAUAGAUCCGUGAAAAUCCGGUUUUUUUAACAACGGCCGUGAAUCGAUUGUAUGUGAGCUUAUUAAUUAAGCAGCACACACUUGUUUUUCUCCCCGACCGAACAAUAAACUUUCCGCUGAUAAAACGCGUAAGCUGCCGUACAUCGUCUACAUAGCAGUGAUAUUAUACUGUAGCACAUGAUUGCAGAUGUUUUUGUUAGAAAACGUAGUAAAGUUUUGCUGUUGCGUUUACAUAUUGCACCGAUAAGAAUGUGAUAACAAAUCUUUAUCUACCAAAUUAUUUAAUCUAAUAAUAUCAUCAUGGAUAACGAAACUUCCGACCCGCCGAUGAGCACCAGCAAAGCGCGAUGGAUUUUCCUGGCGCUGAACAGUCUCGCCGUUAUGGCGAACCGUGUCGUCUAUGAUCAAGUCAGUAUUUUCGUGGCCCGUUUGACAUACUCGGCGGAUGCCUGCACCCAUCCCGACCGACCGGAUUACAGUUGUCUGGAUUUCAAUUUUGUCGAGUUCAACGGACUGUAUGUCGGAUGUUUAUGGGCCGGGGCGGUGGGCGCCCUCUCCGUGGGGAUGAUUGCGCCCCGACUGGGAAUUCUCAACAUGACAGGGAUUUCCGCUGUCCUACUGGUUAUUGGAAAUCUUCUCUUCACCAUCGGUCCGUAUGCCACCACGACCCGCAUCGCCCUGGGAGCCAUGCUAUGCGGCCGGGUACUGUUCGGGUACGCCUUCUUCGCCAGUAUGUCCUUAGCGCAGCAGAUGCACUGCCACUGGUUCCAUUCGCCCCGUAAUCUGGCCAUCGCCACCGCCGUGUAUUUUGGGGCCAGUCAGCUCGGUUCGGUUAUCAAUUUCGCUACUGUCGGCUUCAUACUGGAGAAAGUGUAUCUGCAGAACACAUUGUGGAUUACGUUUGCAGUGGGAGUACUGGGCACCAUUGCCCUGGUUGCCGCAUCAUUAAUUGCCAAGAACUAUCCGGUACUUUCCAAAGCCGAAGUCAGCUAUCUCAUCAGCAGCACGUCGCGCUAUGGGAUCUUCUCGCAGCUGUUGCAUCUUCCCACACAUUUUUGGCUGACAUGUGUCAUAGUGUCGUUCUUCAACAGCGCUUUGUUUACUCUGACGGCGGACUUUCCCGAAUUCUUACUGAAAAAUCGGGAUCGUCCCGAAUCCAUGGCGGCGCUAAUCACCGGCUCCAUCCCGGAUUUCGCCUGGACAGCCUGCCUAUUCCUUCCUUUUCUGUUCUACUUGAACAAACCGUUAACCAUAUCUUCGGCCGCCAUCGGCUUAUUCUUCAUCACCCUAGUCCUAACGGCCGCCAUUCCCAAGUACUUUUUCCCCGGCCUGACCACCUCGCUAACCGGAUUCUGCUACGCCAUCAACUCCGUCAGCGUCUCGCACGCCAUUUCCCGUCUGGUACGCCCGGAGAACACCGAUCUGGCUAUCUCCCUCAUCCAGGCCAGCAGCGGCCUGGGCGGCGGAAUUUUCCUGUUAGGUAUGGGAUUUCUACUGGAUCUGCAAAGCCGCUCGACCACCGCCAUCUGGACGGUAUUCUUUGCGGUACUGGCUGUAUCGGUGGGAGCGGCAUGGGUGUGCUCGUGGGGCUCGUUGUACAUGGAGGAAGAGCAUAAUGAGGAUGCAUUGCGGGAGCUGCGUCGGAAGGAGUCAGCGCUGCAGAUUCACGGACAAGCACAUGGGGAAGAGGAGCACGGGCCGGUGCAUAUGACGGCGCGGAGUAUGAGUGUAUUGUCAGGCGGGGCCAGGGAGAAAUUCGGGCCGUUGUUGUACGAGUUGUGAUGAAUUGACGGUUACUACGGUUACUACAGCCGUUGUUCCUUUCUACAGUGUUACACAAACUUAGCGUAACUUAAGUCUUAAUUAACAGUUGUCGGUGUUCCUGAUGUGUUCAAUUAAACGGGGCUAAAAUCUCUUCAGUUGUGGUUGCAAACCGGAUAAACGGGUGUUUCUC